GGGGACGCAACUUUUCGGGACAUCCGGGUACUCUUGUGACCUCGGGUCAGAGCGAGGUGAAAUGUUGUAGCUUCACGUCACCUCGUUGGACGCAUUGCGCGCGAAAUAGAGGUCAUGUUAUAUUGACGCGACCAUGCGGCGGCGCGGUAUUUAAGCAUGUACCGUGUAUCGCUCUUAGCUCUAGCUCUGCGUUGAUGAUAUACGUACUCGAGUACACACGGGUACGCGCAGCGUCGUCAGCAUGCAGCGUCACCAGGUUUUGGUUCUUCAUUAUCAUCAUGCCUAAAAGCUGUGAAGCUGUGUACUGCACCAAUCAUAACUUUAAACGUGUAGAAAAAUUGUCUUUCUUCAAGUUACCUUCAAGAAAGAAAUCUCCGGAAAGACGAGACAAAUGGUUGAAUGCAUGUCAGAAACUGACCAAAACCGGUGGGCGAUGGAGCCCAGGGAAACAUGCUGUACUGUGCAGCAAACACUUUGUAACUGGUGCCCCAGUUUUGCUGCAGAAUCAUCCAGACUACAUCCCCUCUAUCUUCCCACACAAACCAAAUAGCACUGCAAAGGGGCAUCAAAACUUGAAGCGCUUUCAACGGAAAGAGAAAAUCAGCAAACGUCGGCUAUCAUUCUCGCAUCUUCAGGACGUAGACAAAGUACCAGAUCCAGUGCCACUUGAAGAUGAUUUCAUGCAACCUCCUGAAGCUGAACAGGCAGACGAAGCAUGUCAACAAAGCAGUGUGUCUACAGAAGAAGCUUACCAGCGUAAAAUCAAAAAGCUUGAGGAAGAGUUACUAGCUGUCAAGCAGGAAAGGAACGAAUGUCGUGAGGAAUUCAAUAAACUGCAGGAAGAUUGUCAAAAAUAUCAAGAAGAGUCAGAUAAGCUGAAAGAGCAGCUUGAAGGAAAGUGUUUGUCGUCCAAGAUAAUUCAGGGGGAUGACAAGAAGUGUCGUUUCUUCACUGGCCUGCCGCUGUCUGUCUACGUAAAAACAUUUGAGCAAUUAAGAAAGUUUGUACCCCAUGCUACGACCAAAGAUUCUCUGUCAUAUGAAGACCAGUUCUUUUUCACUCUUGUUCGCUUGCGGCUGGACUUGUCUUUUGAAUUCCUCGCUUACCAGACCGGAGUGGCAGAGUCAACAAUCAGGGGGUACUUCUGGCUUUGGAUUGACAUGAUAUUCUACAAGUUGGACUUCAUGUUAAAGUGGCCGUCUCGGGAAUCAAUUUCAGCUACCCUUCCAUCAGCCUUUAGAAAGAAGUUCCCGCGUUUGACAAGCAUCAUAGACUGCUUUGAGAUAUUCAUGGAGCAACCAAAAAACCUGCAUGCUAGAGCUCAAGUGUACUCAAAUUACAAAAAACAUACAACUGUUAAGGUAUUCAUAGCAUGCACUCCUCUUGGAGCUGUUUGUUACCUAUCUCCAGCAUGGGGCGGGCGUGUAUCAGAUGUAGAACUUGUAAGACAGAGUGGAUUCAUAGACCCUCAUCUCCAUGAACCUGGCGAUCAAAUCCUAGCCGAUCGAGGAUUCCUUCUUCAUGAUGACUUCGCUACGGUUUGCUCAGCAGAGCUUAUUACUCCAGCAUUUACAAGGGGGAAAAGUCAGUUGUCAGCAUGGGAUGUGGAGAAGUCGCGAGGAAUGUCGUCAAUUAGAAUCCAUGUUGAGCGUGUCAUUGGACUUAUGAAGAAUCGCUACACCAUUCUUCAGAACACUCUUUCAGUUUCCAUGGUGAAGUCACGGAAAGGCGAGGCAGAUGGUGACAACUUAUCCAGCAUAGAUAGACUGCUUCGGGUGUGUGGCAUUUUGGUCAAUCUCGGUGGGAGCAUUGUGUUCAAGGAUUGAUUAACUGUUUUGAACAAACUGCAGAAAUUACGAACAGAAUAGUGUUGUUGUUGUUAGCGUUUAGAUGGCGCUCUUCAAUCUUGUCAGAUUAUCUGCGCCACGGCGUUCCUUCUUUGAUGUUCAUCUUUUCGAACUUAAGAUCUCAUGGCUCACUUUUACUGAUUUUUUUUUUUUGUGGGGGGGGGGGGGGGGGGGGGGAGGUCUGUCUUUCCAGACUCCUGCUUUCCAGUUCAGAGUUAGCUUACCGUACCUGUCUCAGCGAAGUGCUACUGUGCAAGAUUAAAUAUAUGAAUUGUUAGCAUAUUUUCAAAAUUAUUUGUUCAAAUUCCAUGAAACUUGUACCCAAGGGUUAUCAAGUAUCACAAAUCAUAUGACACUC